AUGCCAGCCCAUGCCGCAGGACAUCAAGUGACUAACGUUGACUCUACCGUGGUACAACCCCAGCGUCAGUUUAUGUCUGUUAUGGUGAUCAUGGUUCCGGAAUGAAUUUAACAAUAUAAAGCCGACUACAGGUGGUGGAGGUGAUUAUAAGUUGAAAAAUAAGUCAAGUGAGUGACCUUUUUUAGUUACAACACAUCUAGAAUAAAGACAACGUAGACAACUGAGGAUGGGUCGUUUUGAAGAUCUUCAGCAUACAGAGGUGAUGUUUAUUUCAUCAGGUGUAGGCCCUAAUACUGCAGCAAGUGGAAGCAGCAGCAGUGGCUCAACAGCCCCUUGGCAUUCCCUGAGUGCCACGACAGGUGCUUCAUCGUCAUCAAGCCAAUUGGCGCUUGCGGGAUUCGAGCCAGCGAGGUAUCGACCAGAACCGAGGCUUUCCACUCAAGAUGUUAAUCCUACGAGCAGUGCUAGACCGAGCACUUCUAGACAGGAACACCUGAUGAAACAGGACACGCGCGAACAUCAAGCUCCCACUCCAUCUAGAAUAAAACACAAAGCCGCGAGCAGUACUGUAGCUGCCGCGCGAGAGCCCGCGCCGGUGCAGACGGAGGAAGCCUUGCGCACAUCCUUCGAUAAGAUUAAGAAUCAUCGACCACGAAGCGGUACAGACGAAGCUGCGAUACUUCUCAGAGACACAAGAACUACUCGCUACUUGAUAGAAGAUGCAGACGUAGUAUUAAGGCUCAGCUUUCAAUGGUCAUUGGGGUUGGUCACUCAGAUCGAAGAAGCGACCCUUUUAGAGAACAGGGGAAAAGGAAGGGAAAGGGGAGAGCUUUGAGGGGAGUCCCUUCCGUUCAGGGUCAGUGACCACUGAAGGCUGAGCUUUAAUAGUAGACUCGUGGCAACGUAAGUCUCGAAGUCUCAGUCCAGGAUGGGCAGAACAUCACUCUGCCAUACCUCCAUCGUGUCCAGGAGUACUUCCCUGUGAUGUGCGUCCCGAUAUCUACGGUCGGGAGGUAGAGCGAGGUGGAGCAUCUUCUGCCUCGUCAACUGCGUUCUCCUCUUCGGUUGUUAAGGCUCAGCUUUCAAUGGUCAUUGGGGUUGGUCACUGAGAUCCCUCUUGAGAGAACAGGGGAAAAUGAAGGAAAAGCAAAGGGAGAGGCAUGGGGCCCAUUUCUUUCAGAGUCAGUGACCACUGAAUGCUGAGCUUUAAGGUUUGUCCCGUAGUUGUCUCAGCAUCGCCCUCUUCGGUUGGUCCCGUAGUUGGUCAUCUCAAUCCUUCUUGUUCAAGCAGUUCGAGAUCGCUGAAUCCCGUAGUUGGUCUUCUCAAUCCUUCUUGUUCAAGCAGUUCGAGAUCGCUGAAGCAUGAAGGCAGCUGCGCAAGCUUUGUUACGGUGAUGGACCAACAGUGCGCAGAUUCGCCGUGGAAGCUGCAGGAGAGCGAGAUACAAAGACCGAAUGACGGCGCUUUGUUGAUGUUAUGUCUUUGGAGUAAAAAGCCAUAGAAAUGAGCUUUUCACAGAUGGAGGUUACCAUGAAGAUAGAUGCCACUUCUUUGCCUGGAAUUUUCAUUGACAAAGAAGAGCUGUGUCUCAGCUAUUGACUCUAAAAAUUCCUUAUCCAACAGCAGACCACAUAGAGGGAGCCGCUUUUACCUCUCCUGCUGCUAGUGCAGUGGCGCCUCCACUGCUAUCGUCCGCUAGCAUCCUCGACGAGUUGUCCUUUGUGGACACUGACCAGGAAUUGGCGCGCAAUCAAUCGACGGCUGACCUACGCCUGGCUCAACGGGAUGUCGUGGAUGAUCAACAUCAAGACGUGGUGGAUUAUCAUCAUCAAAACGACAACUGCUUACAUCAAGACGACAACUGCUUACAUCAAAACGACAACUGCUUAGAUCAUGACUCGUAUCUGCAAGAGGACGAUAAUCCUUUCCUAUACCCAUUAGGCAUUGGAGGUGCCAUCCCGGAAGACAGAGAGGCAGAUAGUCGCGAUUUAGGCGGAGGGGCGGGGGUGGCGAUUUAUAUUCCGAAAUGA